UGCCCUCUAUUGACAGGGAGAAGCCAACUUCUGCAGAGCUCCUUAGUCUUCUGGGUGGUGCCCAGAGCAUGGAUCCCUCCUGAUUCUGCUGCUGGCCCAAUGUUCCUCACAGUCAAGCUGCUCCUGGGCCGGAGAUGCAGCGUGAAGGUGUCGGAACAAGAGAGCGUGGCCACGCUCAAGAAGCUGGUGUCUGAGCGGCUGCAGGUGCCCGAGGAGCAGCAGCACCUGCUCUUCCGUGGCCAGCUCCUGGCCGACGACAAGCGCCUCUCGGACUACUGUAUCGGGCCCAAUGCCGCUAUCAACGUCAUCGUGCGGCCCCCAGAGGAGACAGCGCUGAUGGAGGCUCCACAGCCGCAGCCCCUGUGGCACCAGCUGGGCCAGGUCCUAGCCAAACCCUUCAAGCCACAGGACGCUGAGGCCGUGCUGCAGCUUCUGAGGCAGGAGCAGGAGCAGCGCCUGCAGAGGAUAAGCCUGGGGGACUUGGAGCAGCUGGCGCAGCACUUCCUGGCAGAGGAGCAGGCAGACAGCCAGCCGGAGAGAGUGAGCCCCAGGCCUGGGAGCACCUGCAUCAUGCAGGAGAGAGAGGAGAAGGUGGAGGCGAAGGAGCAGGAGGAGGUGGCCACGUCGGCUGAUCAGUAAACCAGCCAGUCCCACUGAUCUGUACGCGAAAAUCCUCCUAACCUCAUCCUUCUGUCUUCCCUGGUGCCUUUCCCCACUCCCUCCUGCUGUGUAGAUGCAUCACCCCUUUUAUGAACCUUCAAAGCAGCCAAAGGGUUUUGGACUCCUCUUUAC